GUCGCUACCGUACCCUCUUCACAGUGCGAUGUUAGAAUUGUUUAAUUAAUUUUUGUGUGCAGCAGAAUCGAGGAGUACAAAUACGUAGCUGAAUCUGACCAGUAAAACGAUCUCGCAACAGUAUAGAUCACUAAGCAUCAGUUUAAUAGUUUCCUUUCAAUAUAUUGAAAUAAUGCAGUACGAAUAAUUACACAAUUUGGUAAUCAUUGCGCCAGUGGACGCUAAUGUCUUCAUCCGAUGUGGGACGAUAAUGACUAAUCAGCCGAAAGUUCGCUGCGCCAAAGUGGUUGUUGUCGGAGAUCCAGUGUGUGGGAAAACCAGCCUGCUAAUGGUAUUCUGCAAUAAAACCUUCCCAUCGGUGCAUAUUCCCACGGUGUUCGAGAAUUUCGUUACCGAUGUCAUCAUUGAUAACAAAAAGGUAGAAACUACUUUAUGGGAUACGGCCGGACAGGAAGAUUUUGAUAGAUUGCGACCGCUGAGUUAUAGAGAGUCCGACGCUGUUAUUAUUGUCUAUUCCGUGGAUAAUCCCACCAGUCUGCAAAACGUAUCUGAGAAAUGGUCGCCUGAGGUCAGACAUUUUUGUCCCGGCAUCCCUGUGAUUUUGGUUGGCAACAAAACUGACCUUAGAGCGGUAAAAAACGAUGAAUCCUCAACUGUUGAAGCGCCGUACAUAGAGAAAAUCGAAGGCGAAGCGCUGGCAUUUCGGAUAGGAGCCAAAGCGUAUCUGGAAUGCUCAGCCAAGACGAGCCAAGGCGUAACCGAUCUCUUUCUGACCGCUGUCCGGCAUGCCCUGCUCAAACGAAAGGAAAGGUCAUCUCGUACUUGCUCUCUGCUUUAACGCAUAUAUUCCGGUUGUCCGGCCGAACUGUGAUUGCUGCUUUCGUGGUUAUUCAUAUUGUGGGGAAAAUCGUGAGUUCUGUUUCCUGCUCGAAUAUUUCUGCGUGCAUUAAGCAUUAUUAUUGGAUUAAAACUUCUUUCGUUUGGGUAACACAGGAAUGCUACCAUGUUGUUAAUUGAUAAACGUGCAUGAAUGUAAAAACAGAUGCUGGAUAACAGAAAUCCUAAAAAAAGGGAAAAUGACGGUGCGCCGAAACGACUGACGUGGGAGUUACGUAAUUGUCCUACGCUAUCUGUCAGC